AUCAGCUGUUGUGCCGUUUGACUUAUGUUUACAUUUUUAUAGGCUUAAAAUUACAAGUUAAAAGAUUUAACCUAAUGGAAUCAUUCGCAAAAUACCGAUAUAGUUUGGUGGCUGGGACCUUUGCAGCUGCAGGAAGCUUUUUCGGAAAACUGCCUAGCCACCUCAGCGCCCAAAAACUACUGAAUACUUCGCAAAUUAGUGGAGACAUUUCCUAUUUAGAAAUAGCAUUACUGCAGCUGCUGCCACUUGUGUUAAUGGUAACAUGCAACGUCUGCAACUUGCGUUUCUUUUUGAAGGCCCUGCAAAUGACUGAACAAACUUUAACCUGCGUCGUUUUAACUGCCGCUUCGAAUUAUGUCUUAUCGUUUAUCCUAGGUGCACUUGUUUAUCAGGAGCCACUGACAGUACUAUCUGGCAUCGGAAUAACUCUAAUUCUUGCUGGUCUUUGGUUUCUUUGCGACGGAGGAACAGUCGAGUCUAAAAAGCCAGACAAAAUUGAAUAAUUAGAAUGGGAUUUGCUUAAGAUUAGCUUCUUUUAUACAAUUUUUUUCAUUUGUCAUAUAACUUUCUGAAGUAGUGAUAAAAAAUAGUUAAGCAAC